AUGCCCGAAUCAGACCUGCCUUUCGAGAUUCUUUCACGUAUUGCAAGUUAUGUAUUUAACGAUGGCAAGCUAGCAUGUAUGAUGACUUGCAAGAGAUGGAAAAUCCCAUAUCAAGAAUCUGUCUGGAAGACUCUACAAAUUGAUUUUAUGGAAGAGCUUGAAGAAAUAUGUACUACAGCAAAGAAUUCGACGAGCAGGUUCCUACCAUAUGAUCUUACAACAGAAAUCAUACAUAUUUAUAAGCUAUUUUCCAUAAAUAAAUUGCAGAAGCUUCAGGUUUUCCAAACCUUUCGAAAUUUGAAGCAUCUUGAUAUUAAGGUCAUAUGCUUUGAUCCAGCCGAUGCAGAUUUUACAAGAUACGUAUCUGGUUUAUCAUCGCUGGUCAGUCUGGUACUUCAACCUACUCAAACCACUCAAAGAAUGUUUAUUCCGCUAAUUCUUGAAAUAUUGGGCCAUAUGCCUAACCUCCAAAAGCUACAUAUUCGCCCAGCUUUUCUGGUACCACCAAUUCCACAAACUAUCCCAGUACCAGGCGUAGCAACACUUAAUCUCGCAAUCGUUGGCUGGGAUCCUAUAUGGCUAUACUAUUUUAGCUUCAAGUAUCCAAAAAUACGUUCCUUGGAAUGGACUAACUGCUCUUCAGAAGAUGAGGAAGCUGCAACAGAAUAUACUGUCGAAAAAAAAGAGCUUCUCCGUUCAAUUACAAAGGCAUUUACAUGCUUGGAAACAAUAGACCUUUAUUCGCAGCUCUAUAUGGAAUGGGAACACGCUAUUUUCUCGGAAGUUCUCUGUCGAUUGCAUGCACCUAUCAAGAAAUUAAUUUAUCGCAGCCUUGGCGCCAAUUCCACAGAAAACUUCUGGGAGAGAAUAAUACAACAGUUCGCACAGUCCUUUUCAUGA